UUCUUGAACAGGUCACCGCUGACACUCGGAAGGCCCUCUUCGAGGAGCUUUUAUGGGAGCACCGGGAGCUCGCUGAGGCACAUGACAAGUGCCAAGUGAUCCCGGAAGCUUCCAUCGAUGCUCUCAAGGAGCAGCUCGCCACGGCCCAACGGGAGAAGGAUGAGCUCAGCCGGCAGCACCAGGAGGAGCUAAACGCCCUCAAGACCAGCUACCAGGAGCUCAAGUCUCAGUUGAUUCAGCUGGGGCUUGACCACGCCAAGGCCCUCAAGGCCGCUGAAGUGACUGCAGCGGCCAAGUUGGACGAGGCUCUGGAGAAUGCCUGCAAUGCCACUGUGGUGUUGCGGGCAGAGCUGGAGGAGAUGACCAAGGCCCGGAAGGGUGCCGAGGAGAAGGCCGCGCGGCUGGAGGAGGGGCACAAGGAGUGCGAUCAGCUGAUCCUGCAGACCGACACACUUGCCCUCCGCCUCUUUCCGGACUCGCAGAGGUAUGCCGUCAAGAAGGUCGACGCGCAGCGCAAGGACAAAGGCCAAGCGGAUCUUACCGUGCCAUGGACGCCCAAGGACCAUCUGGUCGCGCUUAACGCGCGGGUGUCCCAUAUGCGCUGCAUAGACCGCAAUCUUUCGGACAUCCCUGAUGUAGCUACCCAGCUAUACAGGACUUUAUGGCCUGGCGAGGAGGUGCCGGACACCUUCUCCCUCAUCAGCGACCGUCUGAAAGGUGCCGGCAAGAGGAUCCGCGAGUGGCAGUGCUCUGCUGCCCGCGCUGGAGCGGACUCCGCCCUCCGCGUCGCCUGCUCCUGGUACCCGGAGCUCAACCUGGACGCACUUACCGGUGUGCGCGAAGGUGCAGAAACGGAUCUGGACCCGAUCCUCUCCGCCAAGCGGCAGGAUCGCGCGUACCGCAUCGCGGAGUAUGCCGACAUGCGCACCUUCAUCCCUCCCCCUCCUGGCGUCACGGACUAUCUCGACGAGGAGGAGGAUGAAGCCGAAGAAGAGCUUCUGGAUGACGCUGAUGCCGGUGCUGCUCCUCCGGAAACCCCUGCCGCAUGAUGAUUCCCUUUGAAGUGUUUGCUCAUUAUAUCUGUUGGUCCUGUUGCUUUAAGACAAUAUCUGUUAAAUUCUGCCCCGGAAUGCCGGGGCUUAUGAUGUAAAACUUAAGUUUGCCUGUGGUUGUGCUACAACAUUUCCUGCCGGUAAGUUAUACCGGUAGCUAAGUAUUUAUGAGUUUGCCUUAGCAUAUUUUGCUUU